AUGUCCCGGGAUAUUGGUGUGAUCCAGUAUCUGCCUUGGGAUGAUGCGAAGCGCUUGAUGGUACAAUCGACACAUCUGGGUGUCGUAGUCAACAUCCAGCCGAGUUUGCGUGCCUAUGAGAUACUCGGCCGACGGGUGCUUAGUUGGAUGAUGACGAGCCUAUGGCUUGAGACUCUUCCCAUCGGACCGUUCAAGGCCGAGGUUGGCAUUUGGUCACGGUUGAGCACAUAG